GUUCGUCUCUCUCUCCUGGCUUUCUCUCUCUUGUCUAUUUCCAGAUCGAAUAUUUGCUGCUCCUCACAAAAUGCCAUUGUCAGGGUCCCUCCUUUCGCGGAGAUUCUCAAUAUCCUCCAGGGAUCAUCAGGGACACACACCAACGGAACCCGAAUCACCGAUGCUUCCUCCGUCGUCAAACGUUACCGGGUCAUCAUGGUCGGCGAUGCUCCCUGAGUUGUUAAGCGAAAUCAUACGCCGCGUGGAGGACACGGAGGACCAUUGGCCUCUGCGUCGAGACGUGGUCGCUUGCGCCUGCGUAUCGAAGAAGUGGAGAGAGAUCACGCAGGAGACCGUUAGAUCUCCGAGAAACUCCGGCAAAAUCACUUUCCCUUCUUGCCUCAAACUGCCAGGUCCACCAGACUUUUCUAAUCAGUGCCUAAUAAGGAGGAACAAGAGGACUUCUACCUUUUACUUGCAUCUCCCUCUCACACCAUCAUUCACUGAUAAAGGAAAGUUUCUUCUGGCGGCACGGAGGUUCAGGACUGGUGCUUACACUGAGUACGUCAUUUCACUUGAUGCUCAUGAUUUCUCUCAAGCAAGUAAUGCCUACGUUGGCAAACUAAGGUCGGAUUUUCUUGGCACCAACUUCACAGUAUACGAUAGCAAACCUCCACAUAACGGAGCAAAGCCUUCACACGGCAAAGCCAGCCGCAGAUUUGCAUCUAAGCAAAUAAGCCCACAAGUUCCAGCAGGCAACUUCGAAGUCGGUCAUAUUUCUUAUAAAUUCAACCUCUUGAAAUCAAGAGGUCCUAGAAGAAUGAUAAGCACACUCCACUGCCCAUCCUCAUCCUCAUCACCACCACCAUCAUCAUCUACUGACCAAAAGCUAUGUGAUGCAACCAAGAUGAUGAAAAAACCCAUCAAGGAUGGUUCAGGCUUGACGAUACUAAAGAACAAAGCUCCGAGAUGGCACGAGCACUUGCAAUGCUGGUGUCUGAACUUCCAUGGAAGAGUGACCGUUGCUUCUGUCAAGAACUUCCAGCUGGUUGCGACCGUUGACCAGAGUCAGCCAAGCGGUAAAGGGGAUGAAGAGACAGUGCUUCUUCAGUUUGGUAAAGUUGGAGAUGACACAUUCACCAUGGAUUAUAGACAGCCUCUCUCUGCUUUUCAGGCUUUUGCCAUCUGUCUCGCAAGUUUUGGCACUAAACUUGCAUGCGAGUGAAACCCAGAAAAAGUAAAAGAAAAAGGUUUUAUUUUUUAUAAGUGAAAUGUUUUGAGAUAAUCAUGUGGAAGUGUAAAGGUAUGUAUUGUAUUUUUUAUCCGGUGAACCUAAUAAAAUAAGCACAUAAUUA